AUGUCAAACCCCCUCACAGUUGUAGACAUUUCUAAACCUAUCGCCAGCAUCAGCGAGUCCUUGUUAGAGGCAGCUCAAAAACAAGGGUUCUUGUUCGUGGAUGGCCACGACUUCAGCCAGGACGAAGUAGAUGCAUUAUUUGAAAUUUCAAGACAGUUUUUUACUGAAACGCCAGUGGAUAUUAAAAGUCAAUAUGCCAUCAGAAGUAAUAACAUUGGUUAUACUCAUUUUACAAAUGAACAGUUAGAUCCUAACAAAGCUCGCGAUUAUAAAGAGGCCUUCAAUUUUGGUAAUAUCAACUUCAAAACUGGUGCCUUCAACCAGAGCGACGCAGAGUUUUACGGACAGGAAAGUAAUGAGGCCAAUGAAAAUGCUGUUCCGCCCAUUCUGGAAAGCCACAGAGAGUUUAUCUCUCGUACUACUCAAAAAUUACAUACUACUGCCAUGAGGAUAUUGAAAGUCAUGAGUAAAGGUUUGAAAGUCGAGGACCCAGAGUUUUUCACCACCAAACAUCGUUCGGAUCAACCCAGUGGAUGCGUUUUCCGCAUGUUACGGUACCCACUAGUGAGAGAUGAUCAAAUCGAUACUCAAGGCUACGAUGCUACAAUCAGGGCCGGUGCUCAUACGGACUACGGCUCCCUGACAUUGUUGUUCCAGCGCCAGGACCAGCAGGGGCUUGAAUUGCAAGCCGGAGAAUCUUCAGAAGAGGACUGGGUCGGGGUGCCCUUUGUCAAAUCCCGUUACGCUGGAAAAGCACCCCCACUGGUAGUCAAUUUUGGCGAUCUUUUGUCAUACUGGACCAACGGCGUACUGAAAAGUACACUUCACAGGGUCAAAUUUUCUCCCGGAGAGACUCGCGAACACGACCGCUACUCAAUUGUAUUUUUCGUGCAUCCAGAAAAUGCCUACUGA